GCGAGAGUACCAGUGUGAACCAGAAAUUUGAACUUGGAGACGUGUCGUGAUGUGCUGUUGUGAUAUGAUAUGAGAUAUACGAAAGCUGCUCGUACUGCUGUAUGAACACCGUUCGCGGAGCGGAUUGGAAGUCUGGAGAUGGGAUGGGAUGGGAUGUGGGUGGUACGGACGGGCUAGGCCUGCCCUACGCGCGUGUGCGUGGGCUGGUCAUCGCGUCGGAUACGAUAUCGGAUGGACGGAGGGCAGAUCGUGAGCAUGAAGAGGACGGAGGAUCGACGGCGACGGGGGCGGCGGCGGCGGCAGGGAGUCAGGGACGCAGGGCAUACGACAGGUACGCGCAGUACAUACGGACGCCUCGUCCGAAAGCCUCGCAACGCUCAGCCGCGGGCCCUCUAUUUGAGACUCUGAAGCUCAAGCUCAAGCUCAAGGUCAAGGCACCAGGGACGCUACACUUUCUCCCCAGUUCUUCCCUCCCCUACACUCAGAGGGGCAGGCGCGGGCAUCCGCUGGGAAGUGGCCCCCUCGAGCCUGAGUCUGAGCCCGAGCUCGGGCACUGCGGAGAAACCUGGAGAAAUGGAGAAACUGAGGCGCAACAACGCAAAGGCACGAGCGCAGGUGAGGUCGCUUGCAGCGUUUCUCGGUUAGCGGAGCGCGAGACGUGCAGCGCGCGAGACUCGGAGGUGCAGCGCGGCGAAAUUCGGUGGAAGGAAUAAUCUUGGGAUUAUACGGACUCAGCAGAUGCG